AUGUCUACUAAUAAAAUCACAUUUUUAUUGAAUUGGGAAGCUGCUCCAUAUCAUAUUCCAAUUUAUUUGGCUAAUAUUAAAGGUUAUUUCAAAGAUGAGGAUCUUGAUAUUGCAAUCUUGGAACCAUCUAACCCAUCUGAUGUUACUGAAUUAAUUGGAUCAGGCAAAGUUGAUAUGGGUUUGAAAGCUAUGGUUCACACAUUGGCUGCUAAAGCUAGAGGAUUUCCUGUAACAUCAAUUGGAUCUUUGUUGGACGAGCCAUUCACAGGUAUAUGUUAUUUGGAAGGGUCUGGUAUUACUUCCGAUUUCCGAUCUUUGAAAGGUAAGAGAAUCGGCUAUGUUGGUGAGUUUGGUAAAAUUCAAGUUGAUGAAUUAACAAAACAUUAUGGCAUGACACCUGAUGAUUACGUUUCAGUUAGAUGUGGUAUGAAUGUGGCAAAGUAUAUUUUGGAGGGGACUAUCGAUUGUGGUAUUGGAAUCGAAUGUAUUCAACAAGUAGAAUUAGAAGAAGCUUUGAAACAACAAGGGAAAAGUCCAAACGAUGCCAAAAUGUUGAGAAUCGAUAAAUUGGCCGAAUUGGGUUGUUGCUGCUUUUGUACAAUCUUGUACAUUUCCAAUGACAAAUUCAUUGCUGAAAACCCCCAAACAAUUAAGAAAUUCUUGAAAGCAAUCAAGAGAGCCACUGAUUACAUGUUGGCCCAUCCACAUGAAGCUUGGACUGAAUAUGGUAAUUUCAAACCCACUAUGCAAACAGAAUUGAACACCAAAAAAUUUCAAAGAUGUUAUGCGUACUUUUCUGAAUCGUUGUACAAUGUUCAUCGUGAUUGGAAAAAAGUCAACAAUUAUGGUAAGAGGUUGGAAAUUUUACCAGAAGAUUACAUUCCAAAUUAUACUAAUGAGUAUCUUUCAUGGCCAGAGCCUAAAGAGGUUGAUGACCCAGAGAAAGCACAGGAUUUGAUGCUUAAACAUCAAGAAGAAUGUAAAGCAUGUGGUGGUUAUAAGAGAUUGGUACCUGCCUAA